AUGCGGAGUCCCGCUGGAUGGGACUGCUGGAGCCGCCACUACGAGGUGAGGCAGAUGUCGGGAUCAAUUUCUGCGGGCCGAAAGGAGCCUCCUCCUCCUCCGUCUUCUGCUGCGGUUGCAGCUGUCCCGGAUGGCGGCUGGGGCUGGAUGGUCGUGCUGGGGGGCUUCGUGCAGUCGGCCCUGGUCUUCGGGGUGAUCCGCUCCUUCGGCGUCUUCUUCGUGGAGUUCGUGGCCCAUUUCGGAGAAUCUUCCGGGUCCGUCUCCUGGGUGGUGUCGCUGGGCAUCGCCGUCCUUCAGUUUGCAAGUCCGCUGGGGAGCACCCUCAGCGCUCGCUACGGGGCGCGCCCGGUUGUGAUGGCCGGUGGUUUUCUGUCCAGCGUGGGGCUCUUCCUAGCGUCCUUCUCCACUAGCCUGGUCCACCUUCACCUCACCAUCGGUCUUCUCACAGGUCUAGGUUGGGCCCUGGUCUUUACACCUUCGGUGGCCGCCGUGUCCCACUACUUUGAGAAACGACGGACGCUGGCCAUGGGUCUGGCCGUCUCGGGGGCCGGCAUCUCCUCGCUAGCCUUCUGCCCAUUCUUCCAGUACCUGGUGGACUUGUACGGAUGGCGGGGAGCCCUUCAGAUUGUAGCAGCAAUGUCUCUGAACCUAGUGGCAUCCGGUGCGGUGCUGCGCCCGUUGGCUGUAGAGGACGAGCCGACGACCCUGGCCUCCUCCUUCGCCCUGGAGCUGCUCCACCACGGACCCUUCUUGCGCUACGUCUUGGUCUUCGUCCUGGUGGAUAUGGGCUACUUCGUCCCCUACGUUCACCUGGUGGCUUACGCGAGGGACGUGGGCUGUGGAGAGUACGACACCGCUUCCAUCAUGUCGGUCGCCGCCGUCGCAGACAUGGUGGGUCGCAUCUUCGCCGGGUGGUUGGCGGACGCCCGGGUCUUCUCACGUUCGGUCCACGACCUGACCCUCUGGAUGGCCUUGACGGGCAUCUGCCUGGCCCUGGUGCCCCUCGGACACAGCUUGGAGACCCUGAUGCCCAUUGGCCUCUGCUACGGUUUCUUUGCCGGCGCCUUGGUCCCGCUGCAGUUCACCAGUCUGGUGGAGAUCGUGGGUGCCCGCUACGUGAUGGCAGGCAUCGGGUACAUGCAUAUGCUGGAGAGUACGGGGGCCCUAGUGGGCACCCCCAUUUCAGGUUGGCUGAGGGACAUGACGGGGACCUUCACCGCCUCCUUCGUCUGCGCUGGAGUUGUCCUCUUGGCUGCCAGCCUGGUUCUUCUCACCUUGCCCGAGUACUUCUCCUGUUCAAGGGCACCCAAAGCCCAUCUGCCUGGCCCGGCCGAGCCCCAUGGCCCGAAGAGCCUGGAAUCCAGAGGGGGACCCCAACAAGGCAGAGACCUUUCCUGGAUAGAAAUUGGCUAGUUCACCCCGACGAUCAAAUAAAAAUGAAGCCUUCUCCAGAAAUCUUCAUAGGUCCUGCAGGUCAGGAGAAGAAGCACUGAUGGUGUUACCUAGUUGGGUCAUGAAACGUCUGCAAGAAACAAGCAAGCUGAGAGGACGCCAGGGA